UUCGUUGUUUCUCUUCAGCCUUCUCGCCAUGUCUUCAGCCUGCUACUUGCCGGCGUGUUCCAAACGAGGAAAGCGGACCGCUCCCUAUACAGAAGUCCGAAGAUGUAUGUCCUGUGGCCCUGGCAACAAAGGGACCUGCUUCGGACCCCACAUUUGUUGUUUAAGAGAGUAUGGCUGCUAUUGGAGUGCCCGUUGCCUGGAUGAGAACUUGGACCCUAUUCCCUGUGAGGGUAGUAGGUUCAUCUGCAAUGGGAACGGUCGAUGCGGACACACUGGCGUUUGCUGCACUGAUGUGACUUGCUUCGCUUCAACUCAGUGCUGAAAUUAGAACGGCGAGAAAGGACGGACGUCUCCGGAAAAGAAUUUGACCGUGCUGGAUGGCUCAGCCGGAGAUCUCCUUCUGCGACUGAUGCACCUGGCGAAUGACGAAAACCACAAUUUU